UUCCGCCAUCUUGGACGCUCGCGGGAGAGGCUGACUCCGCCUGAGCGCGCAUGAGCUUUGGGUGCGCAUGCGCAGUUAGCCUCUCCCGCAAGGGUCCAAGAUGGCGGCGCGCUCUCGUUGCGUGGUAACCGGCAAGAGGCUCUCUGUGGAAGGGAAUAUCGCGGUGGGCAAAUCCACAUUUGUGAGGCUGCUCCGGAAGGCCUUCCCGGAUUGGCGCAUGAUUCCGGAGCCCGUUUCCAAAUGGCAGAAGGUCCAAGGCCCUGGGCCCCAUCCGAACUCCCAUCCUCAGGGCCUUGGGAACUUGCUCCAGAUGGUCUACCAGGACCCUGCGCGGUGGGCCUACACCUUCCAGACCUACUCCUGCCUCAGCCGCCUCAAGGCCCAGCUGGAGCCACUGCCCACAAAACACCCAAACGCACAUGAGGCAGUCCAGGUCUUUGAGAGAUCUGUGUAUAGUGACAGGUAUGUCUUUGCCAAAAACCUCUUUGAGACGGGCCACUUGGCCGAGACGGAAUGGCUUAUCUACCAGGACUGGCACUCCUUCCUCCUGCAAGCCUUUGAGGGCCAGCUCGGCCUCCAUGGCUUCCUCUACCUCCGGGCGCCUCCAGAGAUCUGCAUGGAGAGGCUGCGCCGGAGGGCCAGGGCAGAAGAGAGUGGGGUCCAGCUGCAGUACCUGGAGCAGCUCCAUAUGCAGCAUGAGAACUGGCUUCUGGAGAAAAGUACCCAGGUCCAUUCUGAGAGUGUAAGGGAUGCCCCUGUCUUGCUGCUUGAUGUUACAAAAGAUUUUGAGAGUGAUCCAAAGGAGCAAGGGAAGCUCAUGAGCCAGGUGAAAGCAUUCCUGCAGUUCCUCUCCCCGGAGGCCCCCCAGGCCUUGCCUUCCGCUGCCUCCGCUGCGGCUUCCUAGCCGAGAGAGAGAUGCACCCCAGGGGCCAAAUGACUUUCAGAACGGCUUUACUAUUUUAACUUGGAAACCAAACCAACUUCGUUCAACCUGAAAGGAAGAGCUUGUGUCGGCUGGAGGGACCCCUAGGUCCUUGGCGUGAGAAAGGAGGAGGUGGAGGAACUGUGGCAAGAACGCUUGGAAAAGUGGGCUCUGCCUGGGUCUGCCUUGUCCUGGCUAAAGCAGUGUUUACAGAGGCCCACUUCCAGGGGAAAGACGAGUGAUCCCUUCAGUCUGGCAGAUCUCUCAUCUGCGUGGUUGAUCCUUGGCUCUUCCCUCUUCCAUACCUGGAGUUCCAUUUUUUAGGGCAGGCAUGGACCAACUCCUACCCUCCCUCCAGGUGUUUUGGACUUCAACUACCAGCUGUUAGGAAUUGUGGGAGUUGAAGUCCAAAACACCUGGAGGGAGGGUCAGAGUUGGUCCAUGCCUGUCUUAGGGGAAAGAGACUGAAAUCAUACAAUGUUAUGUCAGAUUCCCUUUGGCCCUGUCGACCCUUGUUGCCCAACGUGAUGAGGAAAAGUGAUGCAGUAUUAUGGUUAUUUUAAAAAUUAAUUUCUUUAUUAUUUUAUUUUAUUAUGACACAUCAAACAAGAUAGAUAUGUUGGAUUUCAUAUCACAAAAUCUGGCUUAUUUAUACCCUGCUUUUUCUCAAAGAGGCUUCCAUUAAAAAGCAUUUCAAAACAAUUUAAAAUCUGGGUUGCUCUGAGUUUUUUGGAAAUGCAGGAGGAGGAGUUGGUCGGAUGGCGUUCCAAGGCGUUUUCAUCCCACCUGAGGCUCUCCCUCCCUCUUUUCUUCCAAAAGUCUCAUUGAAGCAGAAAAAUCCAUCUUUUGUCUGCCUGGCUGUCUUACAUCUUCUUCUGGAUUUAUAUUGCUGCUGUGUUUCUCCGAAAGGAUGCUGUAAGCUGUUAGGAAUUGUGGGAGUUGGAGUCCAAAACACCUGGAGGGAGGGCCGAAAGUUUGCCCAUCCCUGGCUUUGAGUUUUGCUGCUCCGUUUGCUUUUCACAGAUUUCACUGCACUGAUCUGCACUUUGGUGGGUUUGUAGAUUCCUCCUAAAUUAUAAUGCCCUGUGUUUAAGGUAAUAAAAUGAAUCUUUCUGAAAAA